AUGCCCCAUAUAAACGCACAGCGUGUUGGACCGGAGGCCCACGAGGUUGACGGCCUCUACGCCAAGCUCAUCGUCAACGACCCCGAGCCGUGGUGGCGCAAGGUCGGCCUGGGAGACGAGUACAGCUCCUCUCUCGAGCAGUACAGCCAAGCCAUCGUUGUCUCUGGCAACAAAGCCUCGCGCUGGCACGCCCUCCCCGACAAAACGACCAAGCACGCAGUCAUUGUCGAGCUUGUGGCUGAGCUCGCGAGCGUCGAGCUGAAGAUUGGGGAUGGAGACGAGGAGUCCAGGACAUGGUAG